GUGAGAUGGCACCGAGAGGAAGAGAGAAGAAAAGUGGGGGAGGGUAGGCAUUACGGUAGGAGGAGGAGGAGGAGGAGGAGGAGGAGGGAGUGUGAAGAUGCUUUGAGGGCACAGUCUUUGGAUCAUCGUCAAAUCACGCACGGAGACCCUUCUCAUCUUCUUCGUUACGGCCCUUCUCCGAUCCUUCCUUUUCGUCAUUAUCGUCAUCAGCAGAGGUACCGACCUCUACUGACCGGUACGCAGGACGCAGUUGCGGAGCAGGCGACCGGCGAACCGACCGGUAGUACCAUCAUGCCCUCAACUUCAGGAGCACAGCGGUACAUCUAUAGGCUGUUCGGUGGCGCGGUUAAUCUGCCCAUGGCUGCGCUGCGCACAGAGCGGUUGACUGGGCACCUGCGACGGGUAGGCUGGAUCGCGCUCGUGAUGUGUAUUAUGAUGUACGCAUAUUUAGACUACGGCAGCGACGAACGAAGUCGGGGGGAAGGAGGUGAGAGAGCGGAUGAUGGUUAUGGUGCGGGCUCGACUGCGGGCGGUUCUAUCGUGAGGCCAGCGGCGCGAUCUGGGUCGUUGAUGAUAAAGUAUACGGUCCUGAUCAACACUUUCAGGAGGAACGAGCUCUUGAAGCAGACGGUGGCUCAUUACGCGGAGUGUGGCUCUGUAGAUAGCAUCCGAGUGGUGUGGAGCGAGCCGGAAGAACCAAGCGACGACUUGAUGAGGGAAUUGGAGAGGUUAACGAGGGAGAGAGGAGGGGUAGAUGGGGCCACCGACAAGAGCCACGUGGCACUGCGAAUUGACAGGCAUAAGGAAGAUAGCAUGAACAACCGGUUCAUCCCGCUGCCUGGAGUGAAGACAGAGGCCAUCUUCUCGGUAGACGAUGAUGUCUUGGUGCCUUGUACGGCCAUGGAUCUGGCUUUCGAGGCUUGGGCGGCGGCCCCGAGGUCUAUGGUCGGAUUCGUGCCUAGGUCUCAUCGCCGGAUCGAUGGGAGUAGCAAGGGUUCACGGUCUGGUUCCAAUUCCGAUGCUGGUCCGAAGUCCAGACCAGGAAAAGCAACCGGAGGAGGCGGAGGAACAGGCGAGUACGUUUACACCGGUUGGUGGUCUGUUUGGUGGACCGGCUCGUACAGCAUAGUGCUGACGAAAGCAGCCUUCCUCCAUCACGAUUAUUUCGGGAUGUACACGAAGGAUCUGCCGGCGGCGCUGCGAGGUUAUAUACAUGAAGGACGCAAUUGUGAGGAUAUUGCGAUGUCUUUCCUGGCGGCCAAUGCCACAAAAGCGCCGCCGCUGUGGGUGCAAACCACCAUAAAGGAGAUCGGUUCUUUCGGGAUCAGCUCGGCGGCUGGGCACGAUGCCGCACGCUCCCAAUGUGUGACCAGAUUCGCACACUUCUUCGGUGGAAUGCCUCUCGUGGAAGGCCAUCUCAAGGUCGUUGAUGCGCGCGACAGCUGGUUGUGAGGCAAGGACGACGAGAGAUGGAUGGAUGGAUGGGAGGUAAAACAGUCAGUCUUAAGAUCGGAAGAAAAAGGAGAUGACACGUGGCAUAUGCGCAGCACGUGUUCGAAGCAUGAAGAGAAAUUUACAGUAAUUACUGUGUUGGCACAAUCGCAAUGGGAGCGCUAGGAUCGCUGUGCAAGACGUGCGCUGCAAGCCCUCGUUGCCUCGGCAUCGUGUCUGAGUCCGUCAUCGACAUUCAGUGGCUGGGCUUUGUCCUUUCUUAUCAGCGGACGGCUUUCACACUCUGGUGAUCGGUAGCGUUUGGCCUCUUGUCCUGAAUGAGUUGGGCGACGUACCGGUGAGAAUCUCAUUGCGCAGCGAAUUCGAGAAUGACGAUGAGACGAAAAUAGGCGACACGCACAUCGACGUAUGUAGACAUGCCGUGAAGAUCGGAUAGGGUAGAUUUACAUGUACGGCAGGCACGAGGAUUGAUCGAGGCGAUGAUUGUGAUUUUCGGUGUGAAAAAGAUCUGGCUAUGGAGAUACACACAUAGUAAUGUGUGUGUGUCUAAAUACAGUGUAUGGUCAGUCGAAAAUGAUAGCGAUUAGGGGAGGAAUCGUAAGGACAGUUGUUCGAAUGUUAGUGGUGAUUAGAACUGAAUUGAUGAGCACUGGUUGUGCAAGAAUUGAUGAGAGUCUGCGCAGGGGACGGAGAAGUACUCUAAAUCCAAUCGCGCGUCGGAGAAAGGGGCGAAGAAGGAAGGAAGGAAUUUCAAUCAAUACAGCGAUUGGAACAUAUAUGCGUAAUCGGGAAGUGGCUGGGAGGAGAAGGACUCGCAUACGGUGGCGAAAAUCAGCAUGAUCUGUCCGUUUCUGUUGUGGCAGAUCAGGUGGGAAAAAGUGUUUUGUAACUUUUCUUUGGUGUCGAUUUUCUUUGAACGGAAUUGGUGUUCGGAAUAGACGUGGGAUUUAGCGUGGGUGCGACGUGCGCAAACAUUCUCUGUGUGUGUGUGUGUGUGUGUGUGUGUGUGUGAGAGAGAGAGAGAGAGAGAGAGAGAGAGAGAGAGAGAGAGAGAGAGAGAGAGAGAGAAUGGAAGAAUGCAAUCACAGUGAAAAGGAGCAAGGGGGGAAGAGAGAAGCAUUUUGGAUGGUUGAUCUGUGCGUUGAUUUCUCGAGUCGGCUACGGGAAGAAAAUCCCGCCAUUUCUCGCAGGACGGCUGGAAUUUACUGAUGGCCUACGGGGGUGAAAAUCCCGCCAUUUCUCGCGGGACAGCUGGAAUUUACUGAUGAUCACGGAAAUAAAUAAAGGAAGUUACUACGGCCUUUUUUGGCGGGAUGGCGGGAAUUUCAGGAUGAUCAUGGAAAUCAAAAUAAAGGAAGCUACUGCGGCCUUUUUCGCGGGAUGGCGGGAAUUUCAUGAUGAGCACGGAAAACAAGGAAGGAAGGUAGUGGCCAAUGGACGUCGACUUCGACGGCGAGGGGGAGGGCGAGCGGUUUGUGUUUUGAGCAUCAAGCAUAGUCGUAUCAUUUUAUACGGCUUACCUUCUUGUUGCGAAGGUGGAAUGCAGUGCGUAACCAAUUGGUGCUGAUAGUCCAUGGCAGCGUGUUUGGAGGCAAUUUGGCCAUCGUUGGUGCCAUUGUAUUCCCAAGGAGCCGCCUGUUAAAGGUGAAGACUACCGUCCUGUUUCGCCCCCCCAUUCUGAUAUGAAUUCCCAAGGAGCCGCCGGUUAAAGAUGACACAGUCCGUGGGAGGAAUGAAGGCGGACAUCGUCUCGAGCGAGCAUUGUCAUAUUUGUACCGAACGACUGCGAUGAUCUGAAUGUUUGAAGAAGUGAGCGGGCAGCAGAACUUUCAGGUGCAAGCAAAAAAUUGCGGUUCUCUUGUCAGCGACGACAAGCUUACGGUGAUCAGGAGUGUGAAAAAGUGAUCUGGGAAUGGGAAGUGGGCCAUCUCCCCAGUGGGCCAUCUUCUCAGAGAAAGGUGUCGCUGAAGGAUUUCGGCGCUUUGCAACACGCAAAGUUUGAGCAUCAUUCAUCGUCUUGCCCAAAAUGAUUUCCAAUUUCCACAGGACUGUAAACUUUAUGGUUGAAAAAGAAAGGUGGCGUUCGGGACAUCCAUGAAAAGGAUUGGAACGAUACGAUACAGAGAAAGAAGAUUAGCAUGGCCCCUGCGCAAGUAUGACAUGCAUAUUGUGUCUCGAUUUACCUGCUGACCCAUUAUGCAUGGCCUGGAGUGGGCGACCGUGAGACUGAAUAUAUAAAUAGAUCCUGAAAAGAGCUUUGCUGCUGGAUGGCCAGGUGAAAGCGAGCACAGCAGGACGUUCAGGUGAAAGCCAGCACAGUGUGCUGGCGAUGAUGCCAAGCUUACGGCAAUCGGCAGUGCGAUGGAAAUCAGCACUCCAGGGUGUCAGCAUAAUAACGACGCUAUAUCCGAAGGUACGGUGUGAGCGAGUGUUUUCUUCUAUAGUUUGGAUGCGCAGGGUCUUCCUGUAAGGAAGGGAAGGAAGUAGUACGUGUAGUCUGUUGCGGAUUUGCAGGUACGGUGCGAGCAACUCCGUACUUCUGUAGUUUGGACUGCAGGAUCUUUCCCGUCCUAACGGAAGAUUUGCAGGGCGUUCGUGAGCUGCCUUUUCCUGAACCGGCUAAGCAUUGCGAAAAAGUUUGCCGUAAAUGAUGCAAAAUGUUUUCAGACUGGCUGCCUGUUUGUGGAUUCAUUUGGAAGCAUAUGUUGCUUAUUUUGUAGAAUAAGGGUAAGAUUCAUUAUACCCCUUAUCUCAUACGACCUUUCUGCAGAUGCAUUCUGCCUUUGCCUGUGGGCUUGCAUAAGGGCUAGAGAGUCUAGCAGACAGUUCAGCUGUUCUUACACACACACGCACACACACAAACACACACACACACACACACACACACACACACACACACACACAUGUGCAACUAGGAAAUACAUACGAAUGAGCAUCAGUAAGAGUACAGACAAAGUAUAAGUUGAAGAUUUGAAGAGAAAUGAACAGGAGUAUGAAGACGAACGACAAACACAAAGACUAAGCAUAUGCUGAAGACCUGAAGUGAAAUGAACAGCUGGAGAUCCAAAGGGAAAUGAACAGCUGGAGAUCUG